CUUUUUAACCAAUCAUAGCAAAGAGAUUACUUUAAUUGUACAUGAAAAUUACGAUGGCACUUAUGACCUCCUUAGUAACAAAAAAAUAUCCAUAGGGGUCAAACCAGUUUUGCAAUAGUUACACUUCUCGCGCCAUUAAUUGCAAGAAUUAAAACUAAAUUGAACAAACUAAAUUUAUUUAUUCGAGAAGUGAUUUAACAGGAUGUCUAGGAUCUUACCUCCUGCAAAUGGACCCUUUGUCCCAGGAUGCUCAGAUAUAAUGCUGGAUUAUGAGAAGAAUGGUCUCUUUUUCAGAUUAUAUUAUCCAACUGACGCUCCAAAAGAUGCCGAGCUGAAUUCGAAAAAAAGAUAUCAUUGGAUCCCAACAGAUAUUAACACUUUACUGGGUUACUCAAAAGUAUUGAAAAUUCCCUACUAUAUAUUACGCCUAGUAUUUUGGUGGAACGGUAAUCCUCUGGUACCAGUUUUAUAUGGAGAAAAAGUUAAAACUAUUGAGAAUAUGAAAUGUUUAGUUUUUUCCCAUGGAUUGGGUGGACAUCGAGAUAUUUAUUCAAAAAUAUGCUACGAUUUAGCAUCACAUGGUUUUCUAGUAGCUUGUUUAGAGCACAGGGAUAAAUCAUGUGCGUAUACUUACUAUUAUGAAAGUAAAGAAAACGUAUUAAAUGAUAAAAGGACUCAUGUAGAAUUUCAACACGUUCCAUUUGGAGGAGAUCACUUAAAAAUACGCAAAGAACAGAUAAAGGUGCGAUCAACUGAGUGUUUGCAGUUAAUAGACACGUUUAAAAAAAUCAAUGAUGGGAUAGUACCAAAGAAUAUUUUGGACGAUAUUCCAGAAAACAAAAAUAACGAAUUUCGUUUGAAAGAUUUAGUUGGGAUAAUAGAUGUCGACAAUUUUACGGUUAUAGGACAUUCGUUCGGUGCAGCUACCGUGUUGGCAACUACCCCCAAAACUCCAAACGUAAAACAAUGUAUUGCUUUGGACCCAUGGAUGUAUCCAAUUAAAGAUGACAAUCUGGAUCAAAAGAUAGAUAAACCUUUACUUUUCAUAAACACGCAAACUUUUCAUAUAAAAACAAACGUUAAUGCUAUGACUAAAUUUAUAACGAAGGACAAAUUAGAAAUGUAUACUAUUCGGCAAACUACGCAUGAGAAUCAAACAGAUAGUCCUCUCAUUGUCGGUUAUUGGUUGAAUAUUUUUAUGAAGAAACUAGAUCCAGUUGAAGCCAUUAACAUUAACAAUGCUUUGAUUAUAAAAUUUUUGCAUAAAUAUAUAGGAUUACCGAAUAAUAUAGAAAAAUAUGAAGAAAUCUUGACAAUAAGUAAGAAAAAUUUUGAAGAGGGGUUGACAAAAGCUUGGUGUUAAUUGAGAUUUUUUAUUUGAUUAUUGGAAUAUUUUAAAGGUGCUAGAACUAUUGUAAAGGUUUAUUAUUCAUUUGAAUAAAUUUUCUUAAUGUA